CUUGGAGUGCGGGCACCAAUGACGGAAACCGUGGGCAGCAAAACUCAGGUCAAUGCCACAUCCUGCUCCAAGACCGACUUCUUUCAACCGUCAAAAACGCCUUAUUUCACAGUCCUUCUUUACGCAUCCACCCAAUUCUCAAUUUUCUUUUUAAGCUGUUGAGAUCUCGAGCCGUUUUUCGUAAGAAUCAUCAUGAUGACCACCAUCCCCACCAGUAUUGCAGAUACGUUCAGCGAGGAAGUCACCCGUCUUCGCGCAGAAUACCAGGUGAAACGACAGAAAUCCAAUGUCUUUCCGCCGGCAGGGCGGCCCAUCCUCGACAUGGAGCUUGUGCCUGGCGAAGAGCCGGCCGUUGGGAUCUGGUACGAGGACGGGACGCAACUCGGCCAAUACGUUCGCCUUUUUGAUCUACCGGAAACACUCUCUGGCAAUAUUCUUCGCCUCGAGCGCGCGCUACCGGCAGUGGACGGCCAUGUUGAAAUCAAAGGGGAUGUCAUCCGUGGCCUCGACGAAUGCCCCAACCACCCAGCACCGGUGGAAGACGACUUUGAGGAUGUUUCAGACCUCGUUGCCAAGCUGCCGAUUGUCGCUGUCGAUUCCUCCAGACACUUCACGAAGAAAGGCAAAUACCGGAGUGAGAUUGAGAAUCUCUUGAAGUGCCAAGGAGGCUCAUGCCCUAGAACCAUUCUUUCUCCACACCUCAUCCAUCUCCUAGGUGCAUCGCGGGACGGCGAGCUUGUCUUUGAGAAACUGGCAACACGCGGACCGACCCUGGCACGCUUCUCCUCCCUCGACACGUAUAAACGCUGGAUUCUCCACAUCGUUGACGCCCUUUCUUGUCUCCAUUCUCUCAAUAUCGUGCACCGAGAUCUCCGCAUCGACAACUGCCUCUUCGCCGACAACGGCAGCCGCCUGGUGGUAUGCGACCUGGAGAGCCGUUGGGGCCAGCGAGCUGCUCCAGAAAUUGCGUUUGAUGGCGGGCUGGACUCGGGAUGGACCACCCGAUCCGACAUCUACGACAUCGGAAAUUGCAUCAAGUGCAUGGUUUACGCCAACGCCCCCAUCACGAACCAAGUCGAGUGGCCUGUCCCCCAGCCCCUCCAGGGCAUCGUUGAGGCUUGUAUGCGCAAAUCGCCGGAUGACCGACCAACUCUGCUCGAGCUUCGGGAGAUGGUCGAGGCUAUUCCUGGAUGCCGUAAUUAAGGACACCGUCAGUUGUCGACGAUACAAGAGGAGGCACUGCAAGUUGAGGACUCGGAAAUAUGUACUCCGGUCACGGGGACCCCAAUGAACCUGACAGCGAGAAGUGGCAAUAGUAAUUCUGAAUAACUGCCUAAAUACGCGGUGAUAGAUAAUUCUCCUUGGUGGGAGCAUCCAACGCGUCCGACGCAGG